AUGUCUAUCAAAAAAAAAAAAGGUGAUUAUAAACGAGCAUUAGAAUAUUAUAAUAAAACGUUAAGUAUUUGGAAAAAAAUUUUUAGUGAAAAUGAUCUUGAUAUUGCUAUGUGUUUAAAUAAUAUUGGCUGUUUAUAUGAAAAUGAAAAAAAAUAUUUAGAAGCACUUGAAUAUCAUCAAAAAGCUUUAAUAAUAAAAAAUUUUCAUUUACCUAAUAAUCAUCUUAAUUUAAGUGUAACAUAUAAUAAUCUUGCUACUAUUUAUGAUUGUAUUGGUCAAUUAGAUUUAGCAUUAGAACAUUUUAAUUUAUUAUUAAAAAUUAAAUCAAAAUCUCUUCUAAUAAAUCAUCUUGAUAUAAGAUUAACAUUGGAAAAUAUUGGUUUUAUUAAUGAAAUGAAAGGUGAUUUUUCACAAGCGAAAUUAUUUUAUGAAAAAGCAGCUCUGAUUCGUCAUCAUAUUUUAUCAUCAACACAUUGUGAUGUUAUUCAAAUUGAACAAGAUAUUAAACGAAUUUUAAUGAAAAUUAAAUGA